GCAAAACCCUAGCGCUACCCUCCCAUCCAAACCCUAAAACUCCGCAUUUUACACCGGGGAUAGCUCGCUCUGCAUAAACCGGCGCUCCUGCUCAUUCCAGUAGACGAAAAUGCCGUUCAAGAGGUACGUUGAAAUUGGAAGGGUCGCUCUCGUCAACUACGGAAAGGACUAUGGAAAGCUCGUCGUCAUCGUCGAUGUUAUUGAUCAGAACAGGGCACUUGUUGAUGCCCCUGACAUGGUGCGGAGCCAAAUGAACUUCAAGAGGCUUACACUCACAGAUAUAACAAUUGACAUAAAAAGGGUCCCAAAGAAGAAGACUUUGAUUGCUGCCAUGGAGGCUGCUGAUGUCAAGAACAAGUGGGAGAACAGCUCCUGGGGCAGGAAGUUGAUUGUGCAGAAGAGGAGGGCUUCUCUAAAUGAUUUUGACAGGUUCAAGAUCAUGUUGGCAAAAAUCAAGAAGGCUGGAAUUGUGAGACAGGAGCUUGCAAAGCUUAAGAAGGAGAGCACAGCCUAAAAUCCAUUUUCUUAGAAUAUUAGGUCUUCUGCCUUAUAUCAAGGAUUGUCUCUUUAGUUUAUGCUUCUCUUGUACCGAGAAAGACACAAUUUUGUCAUAUCAUUUAUCAUAUGCAUUUUUGGAACCUUUUUGCAGUGGAUCUUAUGUUGAUUGUUGAAAUAUUAUCAGGCACUAUAAAAUUAUGUUUGUUUGGCA